AUGACACUCAUCCCGAUCACAACCCCACAGCCGCCAGCACCUAGCAUCCGAGAUUCUACCACAAGGAUUCUUUCCAUCUCGCUAGUCCGUACUUACCUCUCUGAUCUACGUCUCAAAAAGACUGUCAAAGUCCUGUUGCACGAGCUAUCGGAACAACAGGGCGUUGCUGCGAACGAGCUUGGGAUUUUAAAGCGAAGGGAGGUCGAAAGGGCAUUGGGAUCAAGACCAAAGGAGGAAUUUUUGUUGGAGACGUUAGUUGAGCUCGCUAGGGCGAACGGUGUGGCAGGGAGGGCAACCUCUGAUAGCCAACCAGAUACCAUGAAAAGCGGUCACAUUGCGGAACGAUCACGAAUCUCGUCUGAAUCUCUGUCGGCGCCAACUUCUAGAGUGAAGCAAGUUGCAAGCCGAAAGCCGAUGAGCACUCGAAUUGAAAUUGCCAGUCCUCCUUCACCGAGAUCGCCAAUGAGAUAUGAUCCAUCCCCAAAGCAAACAUUAAAUAGUACCCAACACUUUGCCCGCAAGUCCUUGACCCACCAAGAAUUCGCAUCCAGUACGCAAUCAAGACAAAAAGACUCGACGAAUGUCGACAUGCAUAGUUCAAAGCCGAUCAAUUCGGAUCGUCGCCCGGGAUCAAAACCACAACGCCACAACGCCAACGACAUUGAAAUAACCUCCAUUUCACCAACCCACUCUGAUACAGAGCUCGAUUUCAACCCUUUGUCCAACCCUCCUCCCCUUCCAACCAACCCGACCCCUCUCACACACGCAGAGUCCCAAACCCUCCACAACUUGCUUUGGGAUCGUCAGAAACCCCCACCAGCGUGGUUAACAGCUACAUUAACCCUCAACACGAACCCAUCCUUGCCCUAUGGACUAGUCCAGACUAAGGGCGGCCCAUGCGGCGUGCUGGCGGGAAUUCAAGCUAGCUUAAUAAAAGUUUUAGUGGAGAGAGGCAGAGAUGUGUGCCGGGUCUCGAGGAAGGAAGCCGAGGAAGCACUUUGGAGGGGCGUCGCAGAGGUGCUGUGGAGGGCAGGUGGUGAGAGGUUUGGAAGAGUCGUGGUUGGGAUCCUCCAAACCCCAACACCAACUCCUACACCUCUCAACCUCACCCUCCACACCCUUACAACCCUGCCCAAUCUUACCAUCUUUCUCAUUCACCACCGACCACACCACCUCCUCCCCCUCCUCUACUCCCUCCUCCUAACUCACACACCCACCCUCCUUCAAACCGAAAUGGACGACCCCUCCACACCCCUCAUCGCUACGCAUGGUUACUGCACACAAGACCUUGUCAACCUCAUCUUAACCGGUCAAGCUGUAUCGAACGUCUUCAACGGUACCCAACAAACAGAUGGAUAUGUCAUGAAAGGUGUACAAAACACCCCACCGACAGGAUUCUUAUCCCUGUUUGAAUCGUACGGGACCAUCCGCGUAGGCUCUUUUUAUAAAUUUCCAAAAUAUCCCAUUUGGACCAUCCACUCUGAAUCUCAUUACACGACCCUUUUCUCACCGACUGCCUUGGAUGAAUAUCAAAAGACGUUGGAAUUGAUUUACUAUGAUGGAUUGGCGAAUCAGGAUGGUGAGAUUCGUAUUCGGGUGAUUUGUGGUGAAGGCAUUGUGGAUAGCGAACAUGACACCGAGUUGAUACCGCCGCUUGAGAGGUGUGUGAGAACAAGAUGGAAAGGUGCCCGGGUAGAGUGGGUUGGGUGUGAACCAAUUCUGUAAUCAGUGCACAAUCAGAUGUGAACGUUGAUCCGUUCAUUCAUGACAUCCUGGCCAAGCGCUGUAGUAACUCACUCAAUUAAACAAUGCAAUGGCACAAAAACUAUCCUUCAAAUAGUACACGUAAAUAUAUAUGAAAUAUGUGGCAGCCCAAA